AUGGCGACGCGGGUCGAGGUCAGCUCCAUAACGUCCCUGACCGUGGUGCCAGGCCUCAGUGAGAUUGGCAAGGAGGGGACCCUGAAGCGGACUUACUUCUGCCAGGCUGGCGACACCUCCACGGCUCCCUCGGCCAGGAUCUUGGAAGCAAAGAGCCCGCUGAGGAGCCCGGCUCGCUUGCUGCCCCUGCCAAGGCUCGCCCCCAAGCCCUUCUCCAAGGAGCAGGCCCCCCCGGAUGUGACACCCCCUGUGUCGUCUUUGCGGCACAGCCCGACCAGCCUGUCUCCUUCUGGUGGGCUGUCCGAGCAGCUGGCAGCCAAGGACCUGGACCAGAGGAUGCCCGGCUUGGUGGGGCAGGAGGCGGGUGGCGGGGAGGGCCCGAGAAGAAGCUCGUCUCUGUUCUCCGAGGCCGCGUUCCUGCGGCCCAGGCCCAACACCAUGAUUCUCUUUGAAACCACCAAAACCGGCCCCGCUCUGGGGAAGACGGCCAGUGAGGGGGCUCAGGAGGCCAAAGCGGGCACGUCUCAUGAGUCCCCUUUGGGCUCCAGGCCCGAGGUGGCCGCCAAGCCCGCCAUGCCCGCCCGGAAGCCAGCGGGGACCCUUCCCCGGCCGGCCUCCCUGCCGCAGGACACAAGGCCGGCUGCAGCCCAGGAGGAGGCGGGCCAGGACCAGGUUCUCUCAAAGGCCAGCAGUGUGGAGGACACGGCAGGCCCCGCUCCCGAGCCCAGGCCUCGCCCGAAGAGAAGGCCCGUGUCGGCCAUUUUCAUCGAAUCCAUCCAGAAGCCGGGCCCCGGCGGGGUGGCCGCGGUGGGGAAGACGCCCCCCACCCCUCCCGAGAAGACGUGGGUGAGGAGGCCCAGGCCUUUGUCCAUGGACCUCACGGCCCGGUUCGAGAGCAGAGAGGCCUCGCUGAGGAAGGCGGCCGACGAGGGCAGCGGAGCGACGGCGGGCUCCGCCGCUGAGCGCCGGGCCCCAGAGAGGCCCAGACCCGAGCCCAAGGCGGACAGGGAGUGUUUGGCCAAGGCAGAGGCCCCCCUUCCUGACACGAGUUCAGACUUCAUGGAGGUGGCCCAGAAAAUCCGUGAACGGAAGGAGAAGGUGGUUUCGCAGCAGGAGACGGGCAGCCCCAGAGCCCUGGGGGGCUCAGCCAGGGUCGCCCCCAGAGAUGACCAGAGUCCUUGGGAAGAGCAAGGCCGGCUGGCCCAGGAGCCAGAGAAGGCACCAGAGCUCCCUUCGCCCAGGCCAGGAAUAGGCCCAGGACUGGCUGAGGUCAAGGGCAGAGCGGCUGAAGGAGUCCCCUCCCGGGGGAGCGUCAAGAAGCGUAUCAGCCUGUUUGGGGAGGAGAGCACCGUGGCCGUGACCGUGGCCUUGGCAGGGGGGCCCGGACCCCCCUUGGCCACCCCUGAGUCCCCAUCAGCAGCGCCAGAGCCCGAGAAAGGGGGCGUGAGCGUCCAGGCGCGGGUCAGAGGCUGGGCUGCCGAGAGCUCUGAGACAAAGCCCGAGAUCAGGAGGAGGACAUUCCAGGCCCGGCCGCUGUCCGCGGAUUUGACCAAACUGUUUUCAAGUUCGGCAUCCAGCAACGAAGUCAAAUAUGAGAAGUGUGCUGAGCUGAGCGGUGAGCUUCCUAAGGACCCGAGAGAAAAGCAAAAGGAGGGGCAUGGUUUGGUGGAAGCAUCUGCUCCAAGAAGUCCCUGGAAGCCUGGGACGCUCCGGGAGAAGUCCAGGCAGACGGAGCGGAAAGAUAGUUCUAACCAAGACCCUGACAACUCUUGGGGCGAGAGCUCGGUGGGAACUCCUGACGUCACUCCAGAAGAUGAGGGAAGCUUCCAGACCGUGUGGGCCACGGUGUUUGAGCAUCACGUAGAGAAACACAUUGUGUCUGACCUGACGGGACGCUGUCUCUUGACCACGUCCCCCGCUGACAUGUCCGAUGCACAUGUCCCAGAACCCAGGCCCAGGCCCGACAAAGGCUCUUGGCUGGGGAAGGACCCGCUGGAAGUGACAAAGCUCAAGAAAGAGAACGCGAGGGGGUUUGACAAUCCUAAGACAGAGAGAUCGGGACAAACCGCCCUUUUGAACGGCGAGCCAAGACAGUGUCACACGCCUCUGCGGGAAAAAUACCCUUUGGGUGAAAAACGCAAUAGUAGCCCUUUGCUAAAGCACUUGGAAAAUGCCCCCACAUCCCAGAGGAUCGAGCCCAGGUACGACAUCAUGCACACAGUGAGGGAGCGUGCGCACAGUGAGGCCAUCUCUACAGCGCCAGAGGAGAAAGUGGUGACGCUCCGAGGCGGCAGGUCUCGGCCCUCGCUGAAGGGGAGGCAGCCGUCCCAGGAGGUCACCCCGGCUGACCCGCAGUGUGGUCUGGAAGCUCAGGUGGGGGCCGUCCAACGGGCCAGUUUGAUUUGGGACGCUCGAGGGACGCAGGAGGCGGCCAGUGGGCCAAAGCUCGAUUUUCGAGAGCAGAAGGAUGUGACGGGGGACAAUUGCCCGUCACCUAGGUGGACAGGUGGGGUGGCAGGGAGCUGGCAUAAAGCCAAAGCCACCAUGGUGGUCAGCGAAGAGCCCUGUGCUCCUGGGGCCGCCUCUGUGAGGUCCGUCAAGGCUGCCGUCUGGGUGUCCCAGCACGAGGGGCCUGGAGCGGCUGGACACAAGCCAGGAGCGGAAGCAAGGGGUCCCUCCCACGGGGGCCCCCUGCAUCCUCCUUCCAGGGCUGAGGCUGAGCCCCCUGAUUCCCUAACACAAGCACAUCCAGACACGUUUUCUGGGCAGAAAGGGCCCCUCACUGCGGCUGCCAGCGACGGGGAUCCAAGGCUGGCCCAGGGGCCGGGGCCUGAAGCCAAGAUGCGGAAGGCCGGACCCACGGAGCAGAGAACGGACAGGUGGAGGCGGCGGACUUUGCCCCACGACGUGAAAUUUGAUGCAUUCAGCUUCCUCACCCCAAAGAACUCGUCGAAGGUGGAGGAGAGACAGACUGAUGAUCUGACCCCCACAGCCAGUGCCUUAAAAAAACCUCCACUUUUCCACAAUAGGGCGGAGACCCGGGAGGUGAACCCAGGUGCUUCCCUGGACCGGACUUUCUUAGUGGCGAAGCAAGGGUCGCCUGUGGAACCCAAGGCAACGUUUUUUGCGGUAACUUAUCAGAUUCCUGAUACUCAAAAGGCAAAGGGUGUUGUUAUGUCAGGGCUUGACAACUUGCUGGAACGUUCUAGAAAAAUCACUCCACCUCCAUCUCCUCAUUCUUUCGCACCCACUUUGAUUUCUCUUAAGCGUGAAGAGCCACUGGAGACGGUGGGCGGUAAAAGCUGGACUAAGGGAAGAGAGCACGAAAAUGUAAGCAUUUCAAACACCCUGAAGCUGACAGACUCUCCCUUAUUAACUGGGGACAGGAUUCUGGAACCUUCUAGUGAAAAAGUCAUUGACGUGGACGCUCUAUGGCGUCAUCGGGCAUCAGAAGAUGGCACUGGUUUUCAGAACGACUGGAAGGAUAGGGGCAGCAAGAUGUCCCCCAGCAACAGUGCUCCCCAAACUACCCUGACUUUUAAGAGUCGUCCGAAAGAGCUCCUCGUCAGGAGGAGGACUGAGGUGAUCAGUGAGACGUUCCCAGGUAAGAUCAGAGAUGGCUACAGAUCCAGCGUCCUGGACAUUGACACCCUGAUGGCGGAGUACCAGGAGCUGUCAACCAGAGUCCCCGGCGAGGCUCAGGGGCGGAAGGAGAGCCGGACUUGGGAGCCCAGCACCUCGCCUUGGGAGAGGCCCGGCCAGCCGGGCAGGGUGGAACUGAGGAAGAGGAGCCCGAAGGAGGGACCCGAAGCCGAGGGUCUCCGGAAACAAGCCAGCUUGGCCGAAACAAGGCACAACUCCCCUCCCGGCUCAGGCAAGCAGCCGGCAGAGACCCCGGGGCCAGCCCCGAACACCAAAUCCAGCCCUCCUCUGUGGGCUCUGCCAAACGCAGCUCCUUCGGAGAGGUAUGCAGGGGACUCUGCCGUCCCCGCAGGCCCCAAGAGAAAAGUCUCGGGAAUUGCUGAGGACGACCAAAAGGCCUUUGCCGGUAAACAUCAUGGUGCAAAGUGUCAGAAUUACCCGGCUGAGGCAAAGCCCUUUGGUCGCGAGGAUCUGGGCGGUAGGGUCAGAGGGCCACCCAAAUCGACCCCCACCGACUGGAAGAAAGGGAGCCUGAGGAGAUCCAUGGAGUGGGGGGAGGAGAGCAACGUGGCCCAGUGGGGUGACCACCCACGUGACUACGCAAGGUCGCCGCCGGAUGUCAAGAGGGCCUGUUCGGAGAAGGGGCCCCCUGCCACCAUCCGCGAGGGCCUGUCCGUCAUGCACGAAGCCAGGGAGAGGCGGAGGGAGCUCCCUGGGGGCAGUUCGGAGGCCCAAACCGGGCCCUGCUGGCGGGAGUCAGGGACUCGAGACGGUCACAGGGUGCUGCCUCGGGACCUGGAGAAGGAUGAUGGCCUUCGGGAGAGCGAGCGCCCACCCCGGCACGCGAGCCCUGUGGCCUUGGGCCCCCGAAGAAGCCACAGCUUCUCCAAGGACAAGAGGAGUGGGCCCUUUGUGGUGAGUGACUCCGAAUGCCGGAGAGGAGCUCACAGGUGGUGCUGGUCGUCGGGCGCCGCCGGGAACGUGGCCGCGUGGAGAGUUGGGCCGGCCCAGGGGCCUGAGGGGGUCGAGGGCCAGCAGGUGACUGGGUAUCUGGCAUCACCUAACUAG